GAUAUUCGUUAAAGGUGAUCGUCGGACGUGAUAUUGUCGUCCAAGGCAAAAAUAUCGCAGAGUUUUUCUUUUAUUAUUCGUAAACUGUAAAUCGUGUUCAUUGUUUGUCGAUUUCACAUUGAUGUGCAAUUGUUGUUCAACUAAAAGUUAAUGCAUUUAACCAAAAGUGUUGCAGUCUUAAGAGCUACAGAGUUGAUUUAAAGAAAAUAUAAAUAAAAGAGAAACGCCACGUUCUCGUGCUCUACAAAUACAUACGGGUGAUACAUAUAUAUUUUAUGUGCAAUACAUACCAACACAGUGCACAGCUUAUAAUUAGUUAGUUGCCUCGCAUAGCAACAAUCGAAUAUUUUCACAACUAUCAAAAGUCUUUACAUACUUUCUUUAUAUAUACUAUAGUACAAAUAAUUUCCACGAGCAUCGCGGAAAAUUUGUCAAGUGAGUUGAAAGUGAAAAGCAAUAAGCAAAAUCUCCCAGUGCGUUUCCAAUGUAGCCCUUCAUGGUUAAUUAACACGAGCUCGUUGUGUGACUAUAUAGCUGUUUCGUGUUAAAACUAUAUCUAUAAAGGUGUCAGAUCUUAAAAAAUCGAAAAAUAGACAAAAUAUAAUUCACAUAAAUACCAUCAGUCAAACAAUACCAAACAAUUAACAGCGCAGACUUUGCGUGAGUCAGCCACCAAUCAAAUUUUCCGUACUUCAAAUGGGUUGACUUGGGAUAUUUAAGCUUCCUGGACCCGGGAAACAAAAAAGGGAUAAACUUUGAACUUCAGUGAAUUGAAAUAGUUUGGACGCUCCAUAGAUACAUAAACCGCAUCUGCUGCUACUGGACAUAGCAGCAAGAAGGCAACAGCAACCACUUACAUAAGCAACCACCUGCACCACACACAUCAGGCAUUAGUAUUCGUUUUUGGGAAGUAUUCACUUUUCGCUUAAUUACCGUUUGAGCCACUGCCCAAGAGCAGCGACAACCCCGAUGAACCAAAAGGCCGAUUCGCUUGACAGCGCGGCCACCGUGAAGAACAGCAGCAGCAGCAGCAGCAGCAGCAGCAGCAGGAGCUGCAGCAGGAGAGAGGAUUCGCAUCCUGGCGCUAUUGGCCAAGUGAUUGCCAUCAAACUGGGCCACUCCUACGCGGCACGCGCCGAUCUCAACUAUUGCCGAGCCGAGUGAAUCCCACACAGACAGAUUCGCCCAGAGAGUAGAGUUGACCAGGAAUAAGCUUGCAUAAACCAUAUAUACAUACAUAUAUAGAUAUUCCGGACCUGUGAUUCGAAAGCGGCUUCAAGACGGACGGCACAAUGCUAAAAGUCGUUGGUGCAUCAUGGCAGAAGACGCGUAUAGGGACGUAUAUACUGGUCGGCGCCGGCUUGCUGGUGAUCGGCGCCUUCUUCAUCGGCUAUAUGGAUCGGCCCGAGUACGACGGCACCUACUGUGCCACCGCCUUCUGGACGAAGAAGGUGGGCUUUCAAAUCGAGAACUGGAAGCAGCAGAACGACCUGGUCAACAUACCCAAGGGUGUGGCUAGAAUAUGCUACAAGGACUCUGUCUAUGAGAACGGUUGGGCGCAAAUCGAGGUGGAAACGCAGCGCAGCUACCCAGACUGGGUGCAGGCCUAUGCUGCUGGCAUACUGGAGGGCUCGCUGACCUGGAAGAACAUCUACAAUCAGUGGAUCAAUACAAUCUCGUCGUCUUGCGAACGCGAUGAGAGCUCGGAAAAGUUCUGCGAGUGGCUGCGCGAGCUGGUGACCCGCAACUACGAGCAUCUGAAGGAGCAGGCGGCGGUCAAGGCCGAGCACGAUCACUACUGGCAUCAGGUGCAUUUGGUGCUCAAUCAGCUGGAAGGCAUGGAGACGGGCUAUAUACGUGGCGCGACGCGCGCACGCUCUGACCUGGAGGAGGAGAUUCCGUUGUCCGACUUUCUGCUGAUGAAUGCUGCAGCUGAUAUCCAGGAUCUGAAGAUCUACUACGAGAACUAUGUGCUGGCCAGUGGCAAUGGCACCGUGGAGGUGGGCAGCAAGAACUUCUUCCUGCCCAGCGCAUCGAUGCUGACGAAGCUGCUGCGCCAGGAGGAGUCGCCGCAGAUGCUGCAGCUGCUGUUCGGCCACAGCACGGCGGGCAGCUACUCGUCCAUGCUGCGCAUCCAGAAGCGCUACAAGUUCCACUAUCACUUCUCGCCCGACACGCGCAGCAACACGGUGCCCGGGGUGGACAUCACAUUCACUGGCUAUCCGGGCAUCGUGGGCUCCACGGAUGACUUCUAUGUGGUUAAGGGACGGCAGGUGCAGUCCAUUGUGGGCGGCGUCGGCAUCAAGAACGAGAAUCUGACCAUGUGGCAGACGGUGGACGUGGAGAACAUGGUGCCACUAGUGGUGCGCGUCAUGGCCGCAAAUCGCAUUGCCCAGAACCGACGCACCUGGGCACGCGCCAUGUCCCGGCAUCCGAUAACGGGCGCCAAGCAAUGGAUCACCGUCGACCUGAACAAGCUGGGCACCCAGGACAACCUGUACCAUGCGCUGGACGCGGACGAGAAGCACGACGAUGCGCCGGUGGCCGUGAAUGAGAAGGACAAUGCCGCCAUCAGCGAGCGCCACGAUCAGCUGAAGAAUAUGGUCUGGAUAGCGGAGCAGCUGCCGGGCCUGAUGCACAGCAAGGAUGUCACGGAGCACUUCCUGCUGGCCGGCAACUCCACCUGGCUGGCCAACGGCGUGCCCUACUUCGAUGAGAUCCUGAAGGCCAGCGGCGGCUCGCGCGAGAACUACAGUGAGGAUCACACACUGACGGCCGCUGAGGACGCCGAGCUGACCAAUCUGGAGGCGGUCGAUAAGUAUUUGCGCAAUCACGGCUUCCGCGGCGAUCUGCUGGGAGAUGAGUCCAUUGCCUAUGGCAACAUAGACCUCAAGCUCUUCUCCUACAAUGCGCGGCUCGGCAUGAGCGACUAUCACGCGUUUGCCGGGCCCAUUUUCAUGAGGCUGCAGCAUGCGCACGCCCGUUCGCUGGAGGAGCCCCACGUCCAGGUGGCGGCUGAUCAGGCGGAGCGAGCGGAUCAGGCAGCGCCCGCUGCCAUGGGCGACGAGCGUCUCAGUGUGACCAUAGACGAUGCGGCGGCUCUGGCGGAGCUGGAGCUGAUCACGGAGCGGCGGCCGGUGCGGAACGAUAUGAGGGCCAUUGCGAUGCGAAGGAUUGGCAGCGGUCCGUUCAAAUGGUCGGAGAUGAGCGGCGUGGACGAUGGCAACAAUCACGAGGGCCAUCCCGACGAGUGGAACUUUGACAAGGUGUCGCCCAAGUGGGCGUGGUAGCCUGCCAAAGCUAAAUUAAUCAAAACAAAUAGCAAUAGAACGUAUUCCCAAUCGAAUUUCACGAGCGACCACAACUGCGAAGCAAUAAUUGUACCUAGUUAUGUAAUCUUAGAUUCGUCUCCUGUGUGUUCCUAGCUGUUAAAUUGUCCUCCUAUUCUGUGUUGCGUCCAUAGUCGUAAAUUGUAGUUGCGCCCACGUAACAUAUCAAUGUCAAUUAUUGUCUUCCAGUUGAUAUUUGUUUUAUU